AUGGCAACACAACCAACAAAUCCCACCAUAACUGACCCUCUCCUCUCCCUCCGCGGUGCUCUCUCCUUAUCUGUGUCAUCAUCUGGCCAACCAGUCCUCCUCACCUCCGCUACACCUACAGACACGACUACAGACCUUACAGUGGCUACGCAUCUCUACCUCCCUGCCAUAUCACAAUGCAUCCCUCUUUCAACACCCACCCGCUUCAUUUCCGCCGCCGCGGGGAAUAUCCCCAUAGAUCUGCGCAGUAUAUACUUUGCCUGGCUGAAAAAGGAUGUGGCGAUUCCGGAGUAUAUCGCGAGUGCGCAGGCGGUUAAUGAAGGCAUUGAAGAGCGGCGGAAAAGGGACGGGAAGAAAGGGGAGGAGGAGGUGGACAAGGUGCUGAAUUUGGUAUUUGUGGAAAGGCUGGAUCUUAUUACGUGGUUGGAAGGCGCCUCAGAGGAUAGUGAAUACAUUCGUCCGUUAGAGGGCGUGGGUGUGGGUGGUUCGGCCGUGGGACAAGUUGGGACGGGCACUACGGGUGCGGGUGCGGGUGCGGGUGCGGGUGUUGGUGUUGGUGUCGCCGCGCGCGCGGCGGAGAGUUCGACCAAGGUUGCGUCGGGGACUGUUGGGGAAGCAUCGGCUGUUUCUGGAGCUGGUAUUGGGGGCAGGCCGGUUCGAACUGUUGACCCGCGCUUGCAGGAGAUUUAUAACGGGGAACGUAAAAUGGGAGAUCGGAACAGCGUGUUGAGGGGGAUCAAGCCUACAGACUUCUCCCAUGUGCGAAAAACCGCCGAGAUGUUCCUGGGCCGCAAUCGCUCGCGCCCAGGCCAACAUGCACAAGCAAACAUGGCAAAGCCGGGCAUGAAAGCCGCAUCGACAUCUAUGCCCAGCGGCGCGUCUCUAAUCAAACAGCCUGCCCCACCCUCCUCUACAAACUCCUCCUCCUCCCGCCCAUACCCCAUCAUCCUCCUUUCCCCCUCCGCUUCCUCCCUCCUCCGAAUGUCAAACAUCAAAUCCUUCCUCGAAGACGGUGUCUAUGUGCCACCAGACCACCCCACCCUCGCGACCUCCACAGCCUCCAACCUCCUCCACAUCCUCCGCACCCUCCAAACCAUCCCAAACCCCUCCUCAAGCAGCAGCGGCACAAAGCCGCCCUCCACCUCCUCCACCCCCGGCGCCAGCAAUCACGCCCACCACAAACCCACCCGCUUCAUCCUCGUCGACAGCCCCGCGGACUUCAAGCCCGAUUACUGGAACCGCGUCGUCGCCGUCUUCACCACCGGCCAGACGUGGCAGUUUAAAUCAUACAAAUGGUCGUCGCCGCCGGAAUUGUUCAAGCACGCCACGGGCAUUUAUGUCGGGUGGAGGGGGGAGGAGGUGCCGCGGGAGGUGAAGGGGUGGGGCCGCGGCGUGAAGAGUUUUGCCAUUGAUCGCUGGGAUGAGAAGAGUGCGAAUCUUGCUGCGUGCGCCGGUGCCGGUGCUGGUGAGGUGGGAGGUGCUUCUGGUGGUGCUGGCGCUGGCGCUGCGGCUGUUGGGUCUACGCGAGAUGAUAUGGUAUAUAGUAAAAAUGGGAAAUAA